CUCCGGCGCCUCCUUGACCUUUGACCGUGUGAUGCCCCUCCUCGAGCAGCGGCUCCACUGAUAAACGCGUCUGAUGCGACUUUCCCGCUAACGAAUAGCCGCCGCCCCCUUAUUGAUGACAUAAUGCACCCCGCGUUUAUCGGUUCUCGGCCGGAAAAGCCGCUCGGUGAUGGAAAAACUGUACGUCCGACUGCGUUGCAAAGCGAGCAAGCAUUCGAACGGCAUUCGUCCUCCUCCUCCAGCAAGUCAGUGAUAGAAUCGAGCGGCGUCUAUAUGUCGCAUCCGAUGGUGUUAAACGUGCAACAUCGUCUGCAAAUGUGGUCCAGGUUUUAACUGCAUUUUGCUGAAGCCUUCUCAAUGGUCCCUACUUGGGGUGUCUUGGGUUUCUACCAGCCACCCAACCCCAUGGAUGGCAGCAAGCUGGGAACGCAGCGAGUGCCGAGCCAAUCGCAGUUUGGGAGGUUGGGCUUCGGAUUGCCUCUCUUCGGAGCCAGGCCGUUUACCUUGGCCAUUGCGACGAUUGCAAAGACAGUGAGCAGGACGUAAAGUCACCAGCGUCCAAAAAGCUUCUGUCGUCGUCGCUUUGGACUGUUAAUUUAUAAGCAGCACCGCAACGGCAGCGAGGCUGAGUCAACGAUAAUUCAUCAGUGGCAAUUUGUGAUGUUUUUCGGGGAGUACUCUUAUAAUUAUCAUGGCAAAUUCGAGCACCGGUGGUCCUGGGGCUCUGGUUGCCUCUCUUUAGAACCACAUUCCCAACCUCGAUGAUUGGGAUAGUCACGAAGACAAUGCUGAGGGAACCACGCACCGCAAGAGCAUGAGGCCGCGGCUGCCGAUUCUCAGGGCCCGUUGGCUUGGCUAUACCCGGCGGAACGCAACAACAGUGAAGCAGAGCCAACCGCAACUCGGCAUUGCUGCUUUACCUUUUGCCAUUAUUGACCAACAAAGAUGAUAGUGCAAGACCCCAGGGACAGUGAUAUCGCCAUAUUCCCACAGACCGGAUUCCGUUAUAUUCGGUAUUGAAAACUUAUUUUGGACUAGCGUUUUGAUGUGAAUUGAAAGACGAGCAACGCAAGUGCUUCAGAAAAUAUAAGGCUUAAAAUUGCCACACAGUGGCUUUUCCGACUACCUGCCCGGAUUUUAUACAACCUUUUGCGUCGCUGAAGCAAUUGGUACUUUUUAACAAUAGUAGCUGCUUGUUUUUGCAAAGUAUGCGCCCUUUAUUCUCCGGAUACCACUUUUUGCGGAUUCCGAAGUGCUUUCUGAGUGUGUCGCGGAAUUGGACCAUUCAACCUAUUAUUUAUCUUUCAAUUAAUCGAGCCCAGACUUUUUUUGUU